AGUGUGCACUAGAAAGUGAAGCCAGAAAGACGCUUCCUUGAGUUUCCCUCGAGUCCGGUGACAAUUGACUUGCACAUGCUGUAUUUUUUGUGAACUUACUGUGCUGCAGUGGAAAAAUGAGACAUCUCCUUGUGCUGCCCUUAGUGAUUAUUAUCCUACUUAGUGCUAAGCCUCUUAAUGGAGACAGUAUCUUUGGGUUUUGGUCUCGUCUCAUGCCGGACUCGUCGUCCGUGGAGACAACGGCCGAACCCCCAAAGUCAUCGAGGGAGAGUUUCGCCAUGAUGGAGUCAAUUGAGGCAAUCUCCACCGAAUCUGUGGGUCAAAUUGGCGAGAUUAGUAAAAUUUGGAAUCCUCUAACAUGGUUCCAAUCCGGCGAAAAGGAAAAGCCGCUACCCUUCAAUUUGGAUUCCGAACUGGGGACAGCGGAGAUAAUCCGGCGGCACGGGUAUCCUUCGGAGGCCCACACCGUGCAGACUGAGGACGGGUACUUGCUGACUAUCCACCGAAUUCCCUGCGGUCGGUCCGGGUGGACGAGCUGUCUGGCGCAGGGGCGCGGACGCGGUCGCGCCGUGAUUGUCCAGCACGGGCUUCUGGGCAGCUCGGCCGAUUGGGUGCUCAGUGGCCCUGAAAAUGGGUUAGCCUUCCUCCUGGCCGACGUGGGAUAUGACGUGUGGAUAGGAAAUGCCCGUGGCAACACAUACUCCGACCGCCACAGCACCCUGAGGAAGGAAGAUAGUAAAUUCUGGGACUUUAGCUGGCACGAAAUGGCCAAGUACGACAUUCCUGCUGUUAUUGAUUACAUUCUCGAAGUGAAGAACACCGAAAGCAGAAGGUAUUCCAAUGAUACAGUCAGAUACAGGGAAGUCUUAUAUGUCGGCCAUUCAAUGGGCACCACUAUGGCUUUUGCUAUGCUAUCAAUGCGACCGGAAUAUAAUAGUAAAAUCAAAGCAAUUUUUGCACUAGCACCAGUUGCAUUUAUGGCGCACGUCAAGAGCCCUUUGAGAUUGAUCGCGCCAUUCUCGAAAGACUUGGAGUGGCUAAUUAAAUUCAUGGGAAAUGAGUUUCUGCCAAAGAAUAAAAUCAUAAAAUUCCUGGCCAAAUAUGGAUGCGAGAUGAAUAAUGUGGAGCGCUACAUAUGUGAGAAUAGCAUUUUCGUCUUGUGCGGUUUCGACACGGCGCAAUACAAUACGAAUCUCACCCCCGUGAUCUUCGCCCACGCGCCCGCUGGCGCUUCCACGAAGACGUUGGUCCACUACGCCCAGGAGAUCCACGAGAGGGGCGACUUCAAGCGCUUCGACUACGGCCGCCGGGAGAACGAGGCGCGCUACGGACAGGCGACACCCCCGCUCUACAAUGUGACCAACAUAUCGGCCCCGGUGGCAUUGAUUUAUGCGACCAACGAUUGGCUCGCUGGACCUCAAGACGUGGAAAUUCUGCACAAGAAGCUGCCCAACUCCAUCGGCAUGUUCAAAGUGCCCUUUGAGGACUUCAACCACUUAGACUUCAUGUGGGGACUCGACGUGAAGCGCCUCGUCUACAUCGAUCUGAUGGAGAUGAUGGAGAAGUAUCGGCCGACGUGAACACCUCGCAGGCAUAUCAACUUUCGCUGUUUGAUUACUUAAUCAACUUCAAAGUACUGUGUUAUGAAAAACAUGGCUUCAUGAGCGCAUGAAUGAUUGAGAAAGGCUCGGUGGUUCAUCAUCAGAUUAAGAGAAUCAUCCUUAUAGAAGUUUAAUAUAAUUUUAUUGCCGUUUAUGUGAAAUGUAUUUACGGAGAGCUAGACAAAAUACUCGAAAUAUGAAAUAAAGUUAAAA